AUAAAAUAAAAUAAGAAAGAGCCAAUUGUUCCGUUUACGGACUUCAAGAACAAAGAUCAAAAAGCGACAUUUAAGAACACAGUGAACUCUGCCUCUGAAAGAGAGAGAGAGAGAUUUGUGAGAUUUGUGCUUUCGCUCGUAACACGCUUGCUUCAAGAUUCCAUCAGCUACUUGCAAGUAAGUGAUAUCUCUGAAUUUCAUUUCUGUCAUUCAGACUGUUUCGUACUUGGGAGAUUUCGAGAGAAGCAUAGUCGUUGCCAUCUAAUCCAGACUUGUAGCCUCUGCGUGUCAUGUUCUAAAGAUAUGUUGCUGUGAAUGUGAAUGCGAAUGUGAUUGUUUCGGUUUUGUGGCUUGAUAAGUUGUUUUAGUGGUUUCUGAUGCUUGAUUGAGCUAGUCAUGGCUGGAGAUAUCGAACAGCCGUUUACCUUUAAUUUUCAGGUUGAAUCUGUAAUCUCGGACUCUAUAUCAUUUGGAAGGUUUGAAAAAGAAUCCUUAUCUUGGGAAAGGAGGUCAUCAUUCUCUCAUAAUCGUUACCUAGAAGAGGUAGAGAAAUUCUCCAAACCGGGUUCUGUCAAUGAGAAAAAGGCUUACUUUGAGGCUCAUUUCAAGAAAAAGGGAGGGUUGCUUGGUCAGAAUUCAGCAGAGUCCCAUACUAUUGACAGUGAUGUAUCAGAGCAAGUGAAUCAAGAGGCAGACAUUGAGAUUAUAAACAUGGAGAAUCAUGAUGGCCAUGUUGAUGAUAGCUCUGUCAGUUCACAAAACCAUGGGGACCAUGUGGUGAUGGAAUUUGAAGAAAUGCCAAGACAUGGAAUUUCAUCUCCUAAUCCUAAAUGUGAAAAUUCUUUCAGCGGUGUUGAUGGUUCAACAUAUGGUGACUGCAAUGGCGUUCAUGCUGAAAUAAAUGAGCAAGAUGACAGUGGGGAGAACACGUUCUCAACUGUUGUAAGUGGUGAACCAGAGGUUGAAAUAAAGGAAGAUGCCAACAGUCUUGGAAUGAGCGAGAAUACGCCGUCUGAAGCCAUGGAGGCAGUCCCCAAAACUGAGCUAGUGAAGAAAGGUGCCAAAAGCUGCUCAGGAAGUCAGCGAACUCUCACUCCGAAGAUGAUAACUAGAAGGGAAACAAAGGCCUCCUCCAGAUCUCAGGCCAACAUUUGUCAGAGUCGAAGAAAUGUUUCGGGUGAUGUUCUCAAAUCUCCUGAAAAGGCAUCCAGUAAAAGCAAAGGAGAGCCUUCACAUACAACUUGCACAGAAGCUCAUCCAUCAAAAUCUGCCAUUUCACGUACAAAAGCUGUCCGUAGAACCCCCAAAGUUGAGGAUUCUAAAGUUAUCAAGGGAAGAACUAUUCUUGAGAGUAGAAGAUGUAAUGAGGUACAAACUUCUGGAGUAUCACAUUCUUCUCCAUUGAAGGUUGAGUCUAGAUCAUAUUUAAGGACAACCACCAGGCAAAAUCGGACUGUCAACUCAGCCAUGCAAGACACUGGGAAAAGCGCUUCAGCUUCCAAUUUUAGAAGCAAAGACUUCGCAGAAAGGAGAAAACAGGGUAAGGCAGACUCUGAAAUUAAGAAAUUACAAAAGAACCUUGACAUCAGAUCAAAACCAAUACCCUCUUCUUACGGUGCAAUUCGACCAGAGUCAGAUGGGAAGAAGGCUGUGUUUAGUGGCACGAAAGCAAGAAACACUUUAAGAAAGUCCACAGCUGUGGCGUCCUCCUCGCAUUCGCAGUUAGGAAAAGACAUCGAUUCCUCUGCAAGUGAAGCACCAAAUAAUACUUCAAAAAACAGGAACUGCCAUGUAGCCAUGCAUGAUGAAGCAAGCGUUAAUUCUUCAAGUCCAUCAGCUAACCAAGAGUUAAGGAAAGACCAAGCAAAGGGGAAAGAACCCAAUGUGCAGAAAUCCAUAGUUUCAGAGAAUUAUAAGACGAUGUCAAAACAAGCAAUUGAGGGGAGGCAGAAAGUCGGGGUGCGGAGAAGCAUGAAUUUGAUGGGGAGACCAAAGGACACUAAGGCUGUUUCUGGCUCCGGAAUGGGACGAUUUGCUGUUGGUGUUACAUCAUGAAUGGUACGCGUUUCGUUCCCUUCCAGGUAGUAGGAAUCAUCAGAAUAAAUUGUCCAUGUUCUAUAGUGCCAUAAUUGUUUUCAUUGCUGUUAUGGUGUACUGUCAUUUAGAAGUCAUGUAUGUUAAGGUUCGGCAGGAAUAAGCAACAAAUUGUGACUAAAUUUUCUCUAUUUUGAAAGACUUUAUAUCGAUAAUUAUUAAAUUAUGCUUUAGGUAACCAGGGAUUCAUUUC